AGCUCUAGCGUACAAUAAAGCUAAAUUGGCAUCUCUAGACGCCGGCAAUUCGCGCCUUUUUCAGAAAACUAAAAUUUUUGCGAAUGCCUUCACCCAUUGCCGACGAUAUUCCAGCUGCCAAGAAGAUGAAGAUCGACAAGUGCGUCCUGCGAUUUGCCAAGCUGACCGAGCAGGCCCUGGAGCCGGUGCGUGGAUCCGCCAAGGCUGCCGGCGUGGACCUGCGCAGCGCCUACGACAUUGUGGUGCCGGCACGAGGCAAGGCCGUUGUGAAGACCGACCUGCAGGUCCAGGUGCCCGAGGGCUCCUACGGACGCGUGGCCCCACGCUCCGGUCUGGCCGUGAAGAACUUCAUCGACGUGGGAGCCGGCGUGGUGGACGAGGACUACCGUGGCAACCUGGGCGUCGUGCUGUUCAACCACUCGGACGUGGAGUUCGAGGUGAAGCGCGGCGACCGCAUCGCCCAGUUCAUCUGCGAGCGCAUCUUCUAUCCGGAGCUGGAGCUGGUCGACAAGCUGGAGGACACUGAGCGCGGAGAAGGUGGAUUCGGCUCCACCGGCGUCAAGGAUCUGCCGGCUUCCAAGGUCCAGAACGGCAACGGGGAGAAGGCAGCCGAGCCGGAGGCAGCUGCUCCCACUCCCAUCGCCACAUAGAGGGGAAGUGACACGCUACAAGUGUGAAUUCAUAUUAGUAUUAAGCACAUCGUUUGUCAUACGGGCCAAUUAGUUUAGUGCUAGCCCAAGCAUAUUCAUAACCAGAGCACAGGAGUUCCAAGAAAAGUUCCAAUUAGUUUAUUAAGCUGAAAAUGUUAAAGUAAAACUGAAAUACUAUCUAUUAAAGGCUGUCAACCAGAUUACCAAUGAAA